GAAUAAGACGGAGUGAAAUUGGCGCUCGGAGCCGAGGCCUAUGAACGCGUAGGCGCUUCAUGACGUAACGCUACCGGCGUUUUCCGCCCGCGGGAUCUUGUAAACAUGUGCGGACGACUCGAAUGAAUCGUGUUGGCGCGUGUGUACGUGUGUGAGAAGUCGGUUGGUCGAGCGGUGCAGGCAGCCUCCCUAGCCUUAGUAAAUUAUUGCUCGGCUGCUUCGUUGAAUCUUCCAGAUUAACAACACAUUUGUUUAGAAUGGAUUUAUUGCUAUCGAGUCAAUUAUACGCUAUUCAACAAAUUCCUGGGGAAAGUCGAAAGGAAAAAUUCAAGGAAAUUGGGCGAAUAGUAAAUUGUAUUAUUCAAGCCAUUCAAGAGGGAAAAGAUUUCACAAGUGCUAUCCACAUUCAAAAUGUGCCAAAUGCCUUAGUUCCUUUGAUUAAAGUUCUCGUUGGCGUAAAAAUAAAAUCCCAUACAUUUAUAAUAGACGCUUUAAAGUCAGAUGACAUUUAUUUGAUAAUAGAGGCUCUUAGAGCAAGAUGGUUUUACGAUGGGAGCAAUAAGGAUAUCACAAAUUACACGUAUUACUCAUCUGCUAUUUUACCUUUCGUGUCAAUGAGUACGCGAAGAAAAAUUGUAAAAAAAUUGGCUGUAUGUUUAGGCUUCAACGGACAAGUUGAAUUGGCAGAGAAUUUUUUUGAUGGCUUUGUUGCUGCUUACGGUGUACAAGAAGCCACGAACCUUCUGCCUGCUUGCAGGAGCGAUUUUAUUUAUAAAGCUAUUGUUAAACAUAAAAUUGUUUUAUCAAAUAAGAUAUUGAAAAUAAUUUAUCGAAAGUAUCCCGACCUCGCUCUUAGUUAUCUAAGGUUUACAAAUCCGUAUGAGAGGAGAGACGAAAUCGACCGGACUAUGUUUAGAGUAAUUGAUAUAAAUGAAUAUGAAAAUUUUCUGCCACUCCUGGUAACUAAUCAUCCUGACGUUUUUGUCAGCCUCCAUGAGAUUUGUCAUACAUCUGGUAAUUUGGGUAAUAGACGUACUAGGAUGUUUUUGAAAAAUGCUAAGGAAAUUUUAAUGCAAAGACCCAGAGAUAUAAUUGGCCUCAUGCCUAUUAAAUUAGUCUGCGACAAUUUGAAAAGGGAAGAAUUCGAAACGAUGUUUGGCAAUAUAUUAGAAGAUCGGUGGGACAUGUUCAACGUCGAUUCUAUGCUCAAUUAUUUAGAAUACUAUCCCAAUGAGAGAAAGGCAACAUUGCUUAGAAAUAAAGUCAAAGAAAAGUAUGGUCAUGAUUUAUUUGAUAAAGUAGAGAAAAUAACGUCGAGGUACUUGCUGCUGCUGUCCAAAGAAGAACGCUUUAUUUUAGUUCGACGAAUCAUACAAGUUCAUCAUAAAAUGGAAAUAUCGGAUUCGGAAACAUCUUGGUGGUGUUACUUACCCGUGCAAGAAGCCAUUCCAGCUCUGAAACAACAGAUUUCCAAAAAUUGGAAAUCGUCUAAACGACAGAAGCUCCUCUCACAGCUGAUAUACGUGUGCAAGUUGAACGAUAGUAAAGAGACUUUGCUCGACGUGUUAAGAUACAUCGAUGAAAAGCAUAAAAAUGAAAGAUCUGACGUGCUAUGCAGUAUGUUGGAUCGUAUUACUCAGGAAUUCGAUUUGGAUAUGUUCGACCAGAAUUAUUGGACGAUUUUAUUCAACAUUAUUAAGCGUCUCAAGUUAAAAAAAGGAAAUGCAAGGGACUACUGGAUUUUAAUCAAAAUACUUAAAAAGAAUGUUCACUAUUGCGAUAGCCAUAAUUUACCAGUUAGUGAAAUAAUUGAUCUUAUCGUUGGACUUUUUUUAGAAGGACGCGUAGGUGUUUCGUGGAAGUUGCUCGAAGACGCAGCUGAAUACGAACGAAAAUAUUUAGAUGCUUGUUUCAGGCAUAAUUAUUGGUUGAAUAUGGACUAUCGGAAGAAUAUUAUAGAAGGUAUAUACAGUUUUAAUGAGCGACAUGUCGUUAAUGAGAAUUCGAUACAAAGACUGUCAAUCAAGGAUUACCCAAAUUUAUUGAAAGUAGUAGAGGAAACUCUUACGAAGGAGCAAAAUGAACAAUUGACAUGGAUCAUAUAUACUAAAGAAAAAAUUAAAAAGCACGAGCCAGAAUUGUACGAUACUUGGUUUUUUAGUGACGAUGAUACGUCGUAUGAACAUUUUUCCAGUGAUAUAUACGAUGAGGAGAAAAAUACGCCGGAAAUUAAGGAAAAAGUAAUAUAUCUUACAGAGGCCAUAAUUGCAUUAAAGAGAAAUUAUAAUGAAAUUAAGGAAAAUUGGAUUCGUUACUAUGAAUGUUGCAAGACUGAGGUUUACUCGAAGAAACGCAGAAGGGUGAAACAUUUUAUUAAGGCCCUUCGCUGGUAUCAAGAUAUUCCCAUUAAAUUUGCCGAGAAAUGCAUACAGGAGAAGAACUUUAAUAUUAUGGGAUAUUUAUUCGAGGGCACUACAUUUACAAAAUUGGCGCAAACGUUUCUUUCGACAGAAUCCGAGGAAGAGCAUAAUAUGAGUUACUUAAAUGCUUUGCAUAUUACAGCUGCUAUAAGGAAUACAAGUACACCAAUACCAACAGAGCUAGUUGAGAAGUAUCUCGAAGCACACUAUAUGUACUCCUUUAAAAAUUAUAUAAAUGACGGUUUAAAGCUUUGGUCGUACGUCUCUUACCGCACGUCAUCCGAUAAGAUGAUUAUUUUAUCAAAAAACUUAUCGAAAAGUAGACUAUUCACAAAAAGGCACGCGAUACGCUUGAUGACUGCCAUGGCCGCUAGAAAUGAUUUAGUAGAUUUUUUUACAGUAUUUUGGAAUAUUGAAGAGCAUCCAAUGAUCCGCGAAAUAUUGGCCGAGAAUAUAGGUAAACUCUUUGCUAAGAGACCGAGUAGCGAAACAUGGAAUUUAAUGAGCAAUUGUAUAGAGAGUCUAUCGAUGAACGAUACCGAUCUUCUGGCAGAUCUCAUGGGAUCUAAAGCAGUUCCAGUUGAAUUCGCCUCGUCAUAUGUCGAGCAAAUAUUGACAAAACUUCAAGUUUUCGUUGGGGCGGGCAUGUCUAGUCACGAUGCGGUCAAAUUGCUCGAUCAACUUUUUGAAAAUCUUAAGCCAGAUUGCAAAGAUCACUUGUCAGAUGAAUGCUACAAAGAUAUUCUCGCUUAUUAUUUACGAAAUAUCGAUUUAGAAUUUAUCAAUGCCGAUAGAUUCGUGGUUAAAGUCUAUUUAAAUCCUUCUAGUGUGCAUUUUGACGAUAGAUUAAAUUACUUGUCGCAGUUAUUGAUGACAGAGUCGAAGCGAUGGUACAGUUUGAGCAUGGUUAAGCAAAAGCAGUCAACCAAUUUUGUGGAUAAUUUUGUACAAAUAGUUGUUUACCAGGUUCAAAAGUUCAAAGGGAGCUUAAGAUUAGUUGAGAAUUUAUCCAACAUAUUUUGUACAAUUUUUACACCCUAUCAGCACGCAUCGUCUUACAUUAUGUUAUUUUUAUGCACGGAAUAUAUGCGCGUCGAGCCAUCGUUUAAAGAAUUUGGCCUUAAAUUAAGUAAGAAAAUUACUUCUUUAAUCGAGAAGUAUACACCCGAGUAUUUUAUGCAAAUUGUCGAAUUGGUUAGGGAGUUUGUUUGCAAUUUUAGUUUUUACCAAUAUUCGACUAAUAUAAAGAAUCGAUUGAAUUUUUUGGAAGGGUUGAUAGAAGAAAGAAAUAUUCACUGUCUUAUUAUUGCCGCUAAAUUAUUGAAUCAGAAAAUUGUGAGUGAAUACGAUCACCAGCAUUGCAAAAUACUUCAAUUAUUAUCGGAUGUUAAUAAUCCAAUAGUUCAAUCAUUUUUGUAAAAUAAA